GGCCGGCCGCCUGUCAGAGGGAGGUGGCGAUGGUGCGCCGGGUGGCGGUGGCGGUAGCGGUGACGGCUCUGGCGGCUUCCCUGGUCCGAGUGCAGGGAGGAGAAGAUGACUGACCGGCCGACUGACUGAAUGAAUGAAUGGCGGAGCCGAGCGCGCCAUGAGGAGCCUGCCGAGCCUGGGCGGCCUCGCCCUGUUGUGCUGCGCCGCCGCCGCUGCCGCUGCCGCUGCCGCUUCAGCAACCGCGGCGGGGAAUGUCACCGGUGGCAGCGGGGCCGCGGGGCAGGUGGACGCGUCGCCGAGCCCGUGGCUGGAAGGCGAGCCCACUCACUCUUUCUCUAAGACUACGGCUCCCACGACCCGGGCCCCGAAGACUGGACCUCCGCGCGCUACCGUUCACCGACCCCUGACCGCAUCCUCUUCCACCCUGUCCCCGGAGACCAGCCCUCCUCGGGAGACAACCGGACCCCCUCUGACCACCUUUCAGGCGCCGCUCGGCCCUUCGUCGACCACCCCUCCGGCGGUGGAGCGCCCUCCGACCACCCCUCGGGCGACGACCAGACCUGCGCCCACCACCCUCUCGACGACCCCUGGCCCGGCGCCGACCACCCCUGUGGCCACCACCGUUCCGGCGCCCACUACGCCGCAGACCCCGACUCCCGCUCUCCCCGGCAGCAGCAGCGUCCCGCCCACCCCACCUGCCACCGAGGCCCCCUCACCUCCUCCCCCAGAAUAUGCAUGUAACUGCUCUGUGAUCGGAAGCCUGGAUGUGAACCGCUGCAACCAGACCACAGGGCAGUGCGAGUGUAAACCAAGUUAUCAGGGGCUUCGCUGUGAAACCUGCAAGGAGGGCUUGUACCUAAAUCACACUUCUGGUCUCUGUCUGCCAUGCAAAUGUAGUCCACAUGGAGCCCUGAGCAUAUACUGCAACAGUUCUGGGAAAUGCCAGUGUAAAGUGGGUGUCACUGGUUCUACAUGUGAUCGAUGCCAAGAUGGAUACUAUGACUUUAGUAAGAGUGGCUGCUUGCCCUGCCAGUGCAGCAAUCGGUCUGCCAGUUGUGAUGCCCUCACAGGUGUUUGUUUAAACUGCCAGGGAAAUAGCAAAGGGGAUCACUGUGAAGAAUGCAAAGAAGGAUUUUAUCAGAGUCCUGAUGCCACGAAAGGAUGUCUUCGCUGCCCUUGUUCAGCAGUGAUAUCUACAGGCAGUUGUAUCAUAAAAUUGGGUGAAUUGGAACCUACAUGUGUCCAGUGUAAAGAUGGUUACACAGGCCAGAACUGCAAUACAUGUGAAAAUGGCUAUUACAAUUAUGACAGCAUCUGUAUGAAGUGCCAAUGUCAUGGCCACGUGGACCCAGUUAAAACUCCAAAGAUUUGCAAGCCCGAGAGUGGUGAGUGCAUCAACUGCCUCCAUAACACCACUGGGUUUUGGUGUGAGAACUGCCUAGAAGGUUAUGUUCGAGACCUCGAAGAAAAUUGCAUCAAGAAAGAAGUUAUUGUUCCAACACCUGAAGGUUCUACCAUUUUGGUUUCCAAUGCCUCUUUGACCACAUCAGUGCCCACCCCUGUUAUAAAUAGUACAUUUACCCCCACAACCCUGCAAACUAUCUUUUCAGUAAGUUCUGCUGAAAACAGCACAUCAGCUUUAGCUGAUGUAUCAUGGACCCAAUUUAACAUCAUCAUUUUGACUGUCAUCAUCAUUGUGGUGGUGCUGCUGAUGGGAUUUGUGGGGGCUGUAUAUAUGUACCGGGAGUAUCAAAACCGGAAACUCAAUGCCCCCUUUUGGACCAUCGAGCUAAAAGAAGACAAUAUCAGUUUCAGCAGCUACCACGACAGCAUUCCCAAUGCAGAUGUGUCAGGAUUGUUGGAAGAUGAUGGCAACGAAGUGGCUCCCAAUGGGCAACUGACCCUGACGACACCCAUGCAUAACUACAAAGCUUAAGGAGCUAGAACUGUUCUCCAGGAUUGUUAGACUGCAGUGCUUACUAAGACAGCAUCAGCCCCUGGGCCAGACAAAGCCUGGGGAGAAUUUGCUGAGGAAGCAAAGGCGUAUAGUGCAUUGACGUUUUCAGGUACAAAUUCAUAAUGCACUUAGCCAAUUACAUUUAGUUUUCGCAUGAAGAUCUGAAGCAGUCACUGUCAAUAAGGACUUGACGUAAAGUAUAUUUUUGUACAAAACCACAUGGGAGGAUAGAAAAGCUGAACCUCAGUGCAGCCCUAAUCCACUUUGACCUCCAAAUAGACUCCUUGGGAGUGUUCACUCAACCAGCGGAAACAGGAUGACAGAUGUGGAGGGGGAGAGGACUGCCCGAAGACUUCAUCUCCAUUCCUGAAACAUUUUUUAAAAAAGGAGGGUCAGGGAUGGUUUCAUUUUUCUGUACUAAAAGACAUCAUUGAGGAAAAACUGAUGUCUGGGCUAUAUCACAAUAAACAAUCUUGAUAGUUUCUAGAAUAGGAGCAGAAAAGUCCCAAGAAGGACUUUAGAAGGGCUUGAUUUUUCCUUCUAGAAUUCUUGCUCAGUGAAAGGAUUAAAGCACAGGAUAAGCUAAUGAUACAGAGGGGAAGGCAACAUCUGGGAGCAGGAAGCUGAUAUAGUCCUCCUUAGGGUCUCAGUGUAAAUUAUAAAUUGUCUAAAAAUAAAAAAAAAAUUUCCUGCCUCUAGGGAAAUAAGGUGUAUAUAGUUAAUGUAGCAUACCUGGUCAGCAUUGUAUUUGUAUCUAUUUGUAAAAAAAUCAUGUCAUAUUUUAUCAUCUAGAAUGUAUUUGUACAGAAGUUAAUGGCGUAAAAAGAAAAUAUGGGAAUUGGUUAAAAUAAUGUAAAAUAGAUGGCAAUAUUGCUAGAGCUGGGACUCUGGUGCACAUCAGUCAUUUUUAGUCCCUCUUUGGACAUUGUUGAAAUUUAUAAGAGGUUGAAUGUUUCUAAUCUUUCUUUUCCUUUCUCAUUCUAAAUGUAGAGUUUGUUCUUUGACUUAUUACAGAUUCAAGCAAUAGAUUUUGAAGACGGUGAUUGUUAAGCUGGAACACAGGCUGUAUUCUCCAAGCUACUCACCUAAUUAGACAUUAACCACUCUCUAUAUUUUAUAUAGAUUAAUGUAGAACUGAUCCUCAUUGAAAAUGUUUUUUAAUGUAAAAGAUGGUCUUCCAAAGGAAUUAGAAAUAUUUUAGUUCCAAAAGAAAAGCCAUCCUAUCACUUGGCAUCUGGUUUUCAUGCCUAUGAAAUAUUUAUAUCCCCCCACCAAAAUCUACAUUUGAACAUAGCCUGUCACUCAUAUGCCAUGAGGUAUGUUCCAUCUAUCUUUAGUGCAACAGUUCUCCUAUCUUCUUGUCCAGUUAAGGGUAGCUCUGUAGUUGAGUGAAUAUGGUUAGUCCUUGUAUUUAGGUGUGGUUUUUUCCCCAAGAGGCCAUCCACCAUCACUCUUGUCUAUUAUGAUAUUGACAGAUUAAACAAGUCAGGAUUAAACAAGUGGAUUAAACAAGUCAGGAAAAGCAGCCAGAAAACACCUAUAGAUAUUUAUUAGAACAGCAAACUUUCAAGCAGUUAGAAAAAGAGUAAAGACUUAUUAGACCUAGGAAAUCUAAGGUGACAACUUUGCCAGUUUACCCAGAGGAAAACCUAGAAUUUGGCCACCCCUCUGGAGGAGACCACUAAGUUGUUCUCAGGGUUUGGAGAUGAUGUUCUGGAGGAUGUACAGGCAGAUAAUCUGCUUCUGGUAACUUGGGGUGCUUCAGAUAUUUGGCCAUUGCCCAUAAGAGCAGAGAUUACAGUAUGUUAUAUUACAUUAAAAUAAGUUAAUAUUUCUAUAGUCCUUUGCACGUUACAAAACAUCUUCCCAUACGUGUUUCUUUUGUUUCUCACUAUAGUUCCCUGAGGAAGUAAUUGCUGUCCCCUUUUUGUAGAUGAGGUUAAAUGGUUUAUUUGAGGCUACACAAUAUGUCAUUAUUAGGCUUGGAAUUAGGACUCCUAACUCUGAAGCACAUAUUCUUUCAACUGUAUGCUAAUGCAGAAAUUGCUUAACCACAGACACAAGAAGGCGGAGAAGCGGAGUCCCAUCGGCAAAUGAUUCUAAUUUUUUAAGUACAAGGUGCCAUUCGGGGCCAUAUGGCUAUGAAGGACUUUGUGGAAAGAACACAGGAAGAUUACUAUCUGAAGCCAGUAUUGGUGAUAAGAAAAUAAAAAUACCAGUUCGUGCUUCAUUAAAGUGAACUAAUCCUUCUAAGUAGGGAGAGAAAACCUGCUUUCCCCAGCAGCUGCCACAUAUGUGUGCAUAAGCUGUGCACUGCACAAUUUUAAGGAACUGUGCAAAGUGCCUUUCUCCAGGUUACCCUCUGAAAGCCAGGGAUUCAGGAUGGUGAGAAAUAAACAUUUGAUUAACAGAAAUUAAUCCAAUAGGGAAAGGAAUGUUUAUUGGGGUCUAAGAGCCAAAGCCAAAUAGUCCAGAUUCUGGCCAUGUAGAGAUUCCUUGAAACAGACCUUAGAAGGUAUUGCAAAAAUUGAAUCGCAAAGAAUGUUUACCUUUAAAUACUUAUGAACAGUCCUAGAUCAUGUUUUUAAUUUUUCCCAGUGGAAAACAACUAAAGAUUUAAACAUUUAAAAUUUUAUUUCAUGUCCCCUACUUUUUUCUGUUGGACAUAAUAUUGCUCUAUAGUUUAAGUUAAUCAUGAAGUGAUCUACCACCAAAAUCAGACUAGAAAACUAGUAUGGAAUGCAUUAUACAAUAUUCAUUUCUCUAAAGUAUGAUCUCAUGAAAUAGGACAUGCAGCACAAGGAUCCCCGCCCCCCCAUCAGUCCUUUAGAAAGACUAAUAUCGGAAGAAUUUUUGUCUAGAGAUUAGAAAUGUUUAUUUUCAGAUAAGAUUAGUGUGAAUCUUAUUGAUAAAUGAGAGAUACUGCUAUAAAGUGAUGCCUUCAUCUUCAUUAACUCAUUUUAACAAGCACUUAAGCAUUUCUGACAGUUAGAUACCCUAGGAAGUGUUGUUAAAUAUGUCUGUCCUCUCUUAUUUUUCCCUCCCUCCUUCCCUCUACUAAUGGAAUUUCCUCAGUUAUAGAGAAAAAUGAUAAUAAAAACUAAACCUCAUUUAUACUAAAGUCCUAUGGACUUAAUGUGUUACUCCAAGAGAUACCUGAAUUUUAAGAGAACAGAGCAGACAUAGAAUGGAAAGAGAGAAUUUCUUGGGGGGAGGGAAGAAUUUGUAGAAGCAUCAAAUUAUAUGACUGCUUUGAAGCCCAAAAUUCCCAGGAAAAUUGACGAUUAAAACAACACUCACUGACCCCUGAGUUCAUUUUGGAGGCAGAAAGCUAAACAACAGUACUUCCUCCUGACAGCCUCAACUGGGAUUGGGUAAUUAGAUUAUUUACCUUAGUUGCAUAUUCCCCCCCUCCGCCCCCCAUAGGACAUGUGGUGAACAUACAACCACUGGUAGAUAGGAGUUGAAUUUACACAUCUCAAGAAAAGCUCUCUGACAAAAGUUUAGAGAAGUAAAAAGCAACCCAGUGUAACCUGGUAGAGUAAGGAAAGCAUUUCUGGACUCGUCACAAAGUACCUUUGGUCUGUUAUGAUCUUCUUGACAGUAAGGAGUUUGGAAGCUAAAAUGAGUUUGGUGUAUGCAGUGGAGUAAUAAUGGAAGGUUAAUGUAAGUUUUCUCUGUAACCUCAAGCCAGUGGCUAUGCCAAGGGGAAAAGCAGGAAGAACAUGCUGAUUCAUCUGAAGAAGUCAAAUAAUAUCAAAUGGACUAAAGCUUAUGGAUCAUUAAAAUGUCAGUGGCUGAAUGAUGCUUUUCCAAAGGCAGUUGGGAAUCAGUCUUAUGUGCAGUGACUGCAACAGCUGCCCUAGAAUGUGAGCGCAGGGCUUCAGAUUUAUGUUAAUGCAAAAGCUAAAUGAUCUAAAGUUAAAUUGUAAUGCUAGACACAAGCACUCUGUAACACAUUAAAUUUCAGCCCAAGCAAUUAGAGAAUGUUUCUGAAACAUUAAACUUGUAUUUAUGUCACUAAAGUUCUAACACAAAUUUUAAAAAUGUGUUCUCAUACAUACGCUGUACUAGGCUUCAUGAUGCAUUUCUAAAUUUGUGUAUGAUUUGAAUAUAUAAAAGAAUUUAUACAAGAGUGUUAUUUAAAAUUAUUAAAAAUAAAUGUAUAUAAUUUGUACCUAUUGUAUAUUUGUUGUUUUACUUUU